UUGCUACCCAUUAUAUUACGUUCAUUGGUUCAGCCAGUUCAGAGGGAUGAAAAUGCCCGUCAUCAAGUUCAUACGGAUCACAAAUUAACUAAACGUGAGCUACGGUUUCUACAAUUCGCUUCUAUCGAGUACGAUGAUGUUAUCUACAUGAGUCCUAUGGAUUUCAUCGACUCCCUAACACUGGAUGCCCCACGAGAGCGUGUGUACCGAAGAGUGAUAAAGGAGAAGGAAUUGAAGAAGAUGCUGAAGAACACUCCAGCUUUUCGAUCAGGAAGCAAGGAAUUAUUUCGCUCACUCGAUCAAAAUGGCAUCAUUUCUUACUCGGAAUACAUAUUCCUCCUGACUUUGAUUACAAAAUCGAAAUCCGCCUUCAAAAUUGCUUUCUUGAUGUUUGACGGAGAUGACAACGGGAAAAUUGACAAGGAUGAAUUUCUUUUGGUAGGUUUUUGCCCUCCAUGCUUAUUACCACUAGUAAAGCGUUAUUUUAUAGGAGCUGAUACCCUUUUUGAAUCGUGCCAAUUGGAUGUGUCCGAUUUUCAUUUUUCGGUGGCACGUCCUUUCCGACUUAGCUCAGGAUCUGAUUCGUAUGCUUUACUAUUUAGUAUCUCUAAAAUGUUUGCUGCGCGCUCUGCUCAACUGUACGGAACUUGUCUCGUUCCCAAAAGCGAAGAAGAUGUGAAGAAGCAGGAUACGACUCUGUUGUUACACCUUUUCGGUCAAGGAGGAAACGGAAAAUUGUCAUUUAACGAAUUCAGAACUUUCUACGAAAACUUGCAAGAAGAAAUUAUGGAAAUUGAAUUUCAUGAAUUUGCACGCGGAAAAUCGACGAUCUCCCCCAUGGACUUCGCACGACUCGUUUUAAGAUACACCAUUGUUAAUAAGGACGACUAUCACACCUACAUUAAUCGAGUGAAGGAGCGUUCAAGUCCUGACGAUAAGGGUGUCACUCUCGGUCAGUGGGCCAGCUUUUCAUUGUUUUUGAACGAUCUGGAAGAGUUUAGCACAGCAGUACGUCUGUACGCAAAUGCGAAUAUGCCAGUUUCACAGCCGGAAUUUGCACGGGCUGUUUUAACGACCAUCGGCGAGCCUUUGGACCCAUACGUUGUCUCGCUCAUAUACAGGAUCUUCGACGCAAAUAAUGAUCAAACACUCAGUUAUCCUGAGUUUUUGGCUGUGAUGAAUGAUCGGUUGCACAGAGGACUCAAGGGUCGACUGGAUAAACCAUGGGGAUGGAGACCGUUCAAGAAUUGCGUGGUGAAUGAGCUAUCCCGCUAUUAA